UGGUAUAACCACGACGCCAUAUUUUCCGGCGUUUCAUUGCCAAGCACUCAUUUAUCAAACGUUACUUACUAAUUUUUGAAAAUACAUCACAAAAAUGUCGUACAAAGGACCACAAAAGGUUCAAAAGGUGAUGGUACAACCCAUCAACCUUAUAUUUCGAUACCUCCAAAAUCGUUCACGCGUGCAAGUGUGGUUAUUCGAGAACAUCAAUCUACGAAUCGAGGGUCAUAUCGUUGGAUUCGACGAAUAUAUGAAUUUAGUACUAGACGAUGCAGAGGAGUAUCAUAUGAAGACAAAAAACAGAAAACCACUUGGACGAAUUAUGUUGAAAGGCGAUAAUAUAACAUUAAUACAAAAUACAAAUCCAGGAGCAAAUUAAAAUGUUAAAACAUAACCUCGGAGGAUGUUUCAAGAUAAACAAAAAGGCGUAUUGUUUCAUACUUUGUGCGAUUAUACGUGCUGAAAGUGAU